AUGUCCGACCCUUUACUCUUCGAAGAUACCUUCACGAUCACCGGUAUCAACCAAGAAAAAUAUGACCGCGUCUCCCGCCUCACUUGCACUUCAUCCGACUCCCUUACCACAUUCACCCUGGACAUCAACUCCGAGCUGUACCCAUGCGCUACCGGAGAGUCACUCUCUAUGGCGAUCGCCUCCACUCUUUCUCUAGACGGCAAGGAGGAUGGCGGUGCGAAGACCGGCUGGAGGGAGGUCGGAAUGGGUGAGCAGACACUCGCGAAUGAUUACGACUAUGUCUGCCACGGAAAGGUUUACCGCUUUGAGGAGGCGUCAGAUGCCCCUGGGAACAUGGCGGCCUUUGUUUCCUUCGGCGGUCUGUUGCUCUACCUCGAAGGUCCUUACAAGAAGCUCGCGCCCCUUCGGAUCGACUAUGUAUACCUUCUCCUCAAAAAAUAA